AUGCAUGGCUUCAGGGCCAACCUAUCGACGCAGGACGUCCUCGCGCAACUCAAAGAGGAGGUACUGGACACAAUGCCCAAUGCGGGUGAAAACGUUGUGAUGGCGCUCGACAUCAAAGGCGCCUUUGACAACGUCAGCCACGCGGCCAUAAUGGAGGGACUCAACAACACCAACUGCGGAAGGAAAGUACACGACUACGUCAAGGACUUCCUAACCGACAGAACGGCCACGGUAGGACUGGGGGAGUUGAGGAGCGACACCUUCUCCACACCGUGUAAAGGCACACCCGAAGGCUCCGUGAUAUCGCCCGUGCUAUUUAAUGUGGCGAUGAACGGCCUGGCAAAACGACUCGGCGAGAUUCAGGGCAUCCAACACGCCAUGUACGCGCACGACGUCACGGUUUAG